AUGAAGCGGCACCAGAGGCCCACACAUUUCUUCACCCGCUCGGCUUCAAGCGCUCUCCAUUUCUACCAGAAUCGACAACUGGAGCUGUAUGCGUCAAAGGAAGCACGGAGAUUGACCAUAAGGCAGCUGGUCUUCUUUGGAAAGUCUAUAAACGAAGGGCGCCUCAUCCAGAGCGCGAAUUAUGUUCGGACGGAGCUGCCUGUUCGGAUUGCGCAUAGGCUUCGGGAGAUGCAGACGCUCCCGUAUGUAGUUGUCAACCAGGAGGGUGUAGCAGACGUCUACGAAGCAUAUUGGAAUGCCUUCGAUAAGUUUCGGCGGUAUCCUCCAAUCACCACCCUAGAGGAAAAUCGUGAAUUUUGUCGCUUCGUGCGGUCGUUACUCGAUGAACAUAAAACGGCAAUCCCGAAUCUCUCGCUCGGUCUCUCCCUGUCGUCUCCAUACCUGGAACCCGACCGCCUGGAUUCGUUCCUGCGUCGUAUGCUGAUCUCGCGAAUAUCUCGCAGAGUCUUGGCGGAGCAUCAUAUCAGUCUGUCGCAAUCCCUCGCUGUCAAGCUCAACGGCGAACCAGCAAAGGGAGACAGCGUUGGCAUCAUCAGCCUGUCUCUGAACGUCAAGGAGAGCAUCGAGAAAUGCGCCAGCUUUCUGCGGAGAUGGCCAUUUGACGUUGACCAAGAUGCUCUUGAGGGGGCGACGCAUACCACCGCCCAGUCGGAGGUUGUUAUCGACGGACAUCUGGAUACCAAAUUCUCGUAUAUCCAGCCACAUCUUGAAUACAUUGUUUUUGAGCUUCUCAAGAAUUCAUUCCGGGCUACGCGACUGAAGCACGCCAAGGCUGAGCAGUUGCCUUCAGUACGUGCCACCAUCGUGGCAGGAGAACAUGACGUGACCAUCCGCAUCUCUGACCAAGGUGGCGGUCUUUUAUCGCCCGAAAUUAGACAUCCCUCAGAUCUCUAUUCUUUCUCACAUCUCCGUAAUCCCCAUCGCAUGGAUAUCUCUCGCCUAGGGGCCCUCCGUGUCGUCCGCUCAAGUCAGCAAGGUAUGACAGCGACCGUGGACGAGCAAGUUAAUGUGUGGAAGAGUCAGGCGCACAGCGAAGACCCUCAACAAAACGCAGGCAUCGGAUCGCAUCCGAGGAUAGGAAUUGGCUUGCCCAUGAGCAACAUCUUCGCGACAUAUUUUGGUGGCUCACUGGAGCUUGUUAGCGUGGAUGGCUACGGUACUGAUGCAUAUUUACGGCUCCCGAGAUUGGGUACAAAUUUGGAAGGCAUCGAGCUGUGA